GAAUUUACUUUACCCUCAUAGAUCUUGCCACGGAUUGAUCCUCCGUCCCGGUUUAGUCGAUCUUUCAAAUUAUUCCCCAACCUUUUAUUUCUGUAACAGUAAUUUCCGUUUAGCAGCUAUAAGCCAUCUAGAAUCCCUACAUUAUUUGCUAGAAAUUCUUUCAUUCAUUAAUAAAUCGUCCGCAUUAAUUGCACACAAAAUAUCGGGCUCGAAACUUCAAGCUUCAAGGUUAGGCUGGUCCAUCCAUCAUUUAUCGGCAACCUCAAAAACGCUUCUCUGUUAUCUCGCGGUUACAAUGCCAGCGCCGAAUACUAUAAGCGUCGCAGUAAUAUGUUCGAGUAACAUGAACAGAAGCAUGGAAGCUCAUGCUUUUUUGAGCAAAAAAGGAUUCAAUGUAAAGUCUUUUGGAACCGGGGACAAAGUUAAGCUACCGGGAAACGCUCCAGACCGUCCGAAUAUUUACGACUUUGGCACAUCAUACGAAGAAAUUUAUAACGACCUCUUGACCAAGGACAAGCAAUAUUAUACGCAGAAUGGCUUACUUCACAUGCUGGACCGGAAUCGUCGGAUAAAACCAAGGCCUGAAAGGUUCCAGCUCUCCAAGGAUAAAUUUGAUAUUUUAGUUACAUGUGAAGAACGUGUUUAUGACCAGGUCAUCGAAUGCAUGGAAGCCAGAACCCCGGAAGACAAUCAACCUGUACAUCUCAUCAAUAUUGACAUUCAAGACAACCAUGAGGAAGCCACAGUUGGCUCCUUUCUCAUCUGUGAACUAGUAACAGUGCUAUCCAACAGCGAUGAUCUUGACAACGACAUUGAUGAAUUGCUGCACGAUUUUGAAUCAAAAUGUGCACGACCUAUACUGCACACCGUGUUAUUUUAUUGAUAUCACGGAUUCGGAUUUUGACGACUUCUUCUUUUUGGAGAAUUUGUGACUAUAAUAUAAGUUAAAAUAAGUUAGAAUUUAUUUAAUUUUUGCAGGGAGCAAUUAUUGAGAAUGAAAUGGUCGUUCUCAAAUUUACUUUUGCUUUUAUGGGAAGUAAGUAUCAAUUGAAUUUAAAUGAACAAUUGUAUUUACACGUAAAUGCCGAGUUAGAAAUAUAUUCUAAAAACGUGAUGAUUUCAUCAA